CCUCGCGGACUCGAGCUCAGGGAAGCGAGGUUUCCCGCGAGGGAGAAACUUUUGAUGACACGAAUCCCAUUUUCACAAAACAGCUUUUCAGCAAUUUCAGGAUUGUGUUUCGUAACUGAAGACUUGUGCCGGCUCAACAUGGCUGAUUUUUUCCGUUCUUGCUUCAAUGGCAUGGCUUUGAGGCUUAUUACUCCCACUGUACUUCCCCCGCCGGCUUCUCUCUGGGCUCCACAGUGCAGUCUCACACGAAGGGCAUCUGGAUGUGGUGUGUGCCUCAUCCCAAGAAGCCAAACCGUACUCUAGUUCUGCUUGACACUGAGGGCCUAGGGGAUGUGGAGAAGGGCGACAACCAGAAUGACUCCUGGAUCUUUGCUCUAGCAAUACUCCUGAGCAGCACUUUUGUGUACAACAGUAUGGGAACCAUCAACCAGCAGGCCAUGGACCAACUGCACUAUGUGACGGAACUCACAGAUAGAAUUAGGGCAAAAUCCUCACCUGACGUGGAUGGGUUUGAGGAUUCAGCUGACUUUGUGAGCUUCUUUCCAGACUUUGUGUGGACACUGAGGGAUUUCUCCCUAGACUUGGAAGCAGAUGGGCAAUCCAUCACAGCAGACGAGUACCUGCAGAAUUCACUCAAGCUUAGGAAAGGUACCAAUCAAAAAGAUAAAAAUUUUAAUCUGCCUCGACUCUGUAUCCGGCAGUUCUUCCCAAACAAGAAAUGCUUUAUCUUUGAUCGGCCCACUAGUAGGAAGAAACUGGGCCAGCUUGAGGAACUGUGUGAUGAUGAUCUGGACUCCGAAUUUGUGCAACAAGCUGCAGUCUUCUGUUCCUACAUCUUCAGCAAUUCCAAAACGAAAACUCUUUCAGGAGGCGUCAAAGUCAAUGGACCUCGUCUAGAGACCCUGGUGCAGACCUAUGUCAAUGCCAUCAGUAGUGGGGAUGUGCCCUGCAUGGAGAAUGCAGUCCUGGCCUUAGCCGAGAUUGAGAACUCAGCCGCAGUGCAAAAGGCCAUUGCCCACUAUGACCAGCAGAUGGGCCAGAAGCUGCAGCUGCCCACGGAAACCCUCCAGGAGCUGCUGGACCUGCACAGGGCCAGUGAGAAGGAGGCCAUUGAAGUCUUCAUGAAGAGGUCCUUCAAAGAUAUAGACCAUGUAUUUCAAAAAGAACUAGGGGCCCAACUAGACAAAAAGCGAGAUGACUUUUGUGACCAGAAUCUUAAAGCAUCAUCAGAUCAUUGCUCAGCUUUACUUAAGGAUAUUUUUGGUCCUCUAGAAGAAGGUGUGAGACAGGGGAUUUAUUCUAAACCAGGAGGCUAUCGCCUCUUCAUUGAGAAGAUACAAGAGCUGAAGAAAAAGUAUCUUGAGCAGCCCAGCAAGGGAAUACAGGCUGAAGAGAUUCUUCAGGCCUACUUGAAGUCCAAGGAGUCUGUAAUGGAUGCAAUUCUACAGACAGACCAGACUCUCUCAGAGAAGGAAAAGUUGAUUGAAGUGGAACGCGUGAAAGCUGAAUCUGCACAGGCUGCAGCAAAAAUGCUGCAGGAAAUGCAAACAAAGAACCAGCAGAUGAUGGAACAGAAAGAAAAGAGUUACCGGGAACAUGUGAAACAACUGACUGAGAAGAUGGAGAAGGAUAGGGUCCAGUUGCUGAAAGAGCAAGAGAGAACUCUCGCUCUCAAACUUCAGGAACAGGCCCAACUACUACAGGAAGGAUUCCAAGAAAAGAACACACGACUUCAUCAAGAAAUAAAGAAUCUCGAGAAGAAGAUGCAAGAACGAAACAAUAAUUGUUCCCUAAGCUAAAGAACUAAAGAAUAGAGCUUUUCUGGUCACUCAUCUGACGUAUUAAUCAAGCAGUUUAAAAUUAAGAAAAAUGUCACCACACUUGCUAAUAUUUAGGUUUUGCAUUUUUACUAUACUAAAAAUUUGCAAAGACAUGCAGUACUAUAUUGUAAUCAUGUCCAUCUACCUCACAAUAUUGUAAACUGUGUAACAAGAUGCAUUUUACCUCUGUGCCAACCCAGGAGGUAUCAAAAUCUGGUACCAUCCUGGAGCUUCUUCUUCCAGAUGACCACUACCUGGACAAGUGGAUACUGAGUAAAGUCUCAGAUUAAAGACUUGGGACAUAGUUGGUCAUGAGUUUGGCCAAGUGCACAACAGUUUCCAAUUUCAAGGUCAACCAUUCUAGCUUCUUAGUGAAGACAGUAUACAGUGUCCCAUUGUUUCAAGACUGCACAGUCUGUCAGCAAUGAUGUGAUUCCUGGGCACUGGGAAUGGGCAGUGCUUACUGGUGAAUUCUAAGCGAAAGCAAAUCACCUUAUAUAGUGAUGUAGAAACUCUACAGAGUUUCCAUAGGAAGAUGGGAGAAACCAUUAGCAUGAGUAUGAGUUGGAUCAUAAAUCAAUGGGCUAAAGAAGGAAACUUUCCCUUCUUGCUCAAAUCACCCAGAUUAUAACUUUAAUGGGGCUCUUUAGAACUUUAGGUAAGUGACAUUGGACUAAACAUAGUAACGUGAUGACAAUUAUACAUGGUGUGUUUGUAGCAAUUUAUAAUUUGUAAAGAUGAACUUGAAAUGAUGACAGAUAAUGUGCUAGAAAACUGAGCUAAAUUUAUUAUUUGAUUGUUUAUAACCCUAAAGUUUAGGCUAUAUUUUCCCAAUUCUUAAGAGUCAUAUUUGAAAGCCUGCUUAUUUUCCCCAAAGAGAAUAUGGGUUGUUUUUUACUUUUUUUGACCAGUAAGAUAAUGCUCUUGAUAUUACUUACAAUAGACUUUGUCACAAUUGUCAAAAGUCCUGGGUAUGUGGUUGAAAUUUCUUAAAGUGAUUAAGAAUUAUUUUUAAUCUGGAUAUAAAUUAUGCCUUAUUGAAGUUUACAUUUCUGAUUUUUUAAAGUUUUUAACCAGAAAAAUAAGGUUUUAGUUUAUAUAGCUAUGGUUGGCUAACUUUACUGUAAAAGAUGGGAUAGUAACUAUUGAUGGCUUUGUGAGCCAUAUGGUCUCUGACUCUGCCACUGAAUGCUGCCAUAAAGCAGUCAUUGAUGAAACAUAAAUGGAUGGGCAUGGCUGUGUUCCAAGAAUACACUGUUUUCAAAAACAGGUGGCACUCAGAAGCCAUAGUUUGCAGACUCUUGCUUUAUAUACUAGAAACAUUAGUCAAAGUUCUAUGCACCUGCCUUAUGUUCCUUGCAUUUGUAAGGAACAUACAAAUUAGAUUGUAUAUGUUAGCAUCUUGAAAAGAUUAUGCAGUGUUUCAAAAUAUUACAUAAUGAGAGAAAAGCAGGGAAGCAGCUAAUGCCACUAAAUCUACAUUAACAAGCAUGCGUUUUUUUUGGUUGCCUUGGGACCUUUUACUCCACUGAAUCCGCUUUGCUCAUAUCAGGAUGGAGAACACCUCUCUCCACAGUAGGGCAAGCGCUUAUAAGCAGUACUUCUUUACUCAAACUGCGACUUCAUAAGGGACCACGUGAGACCAACAGCAUAUUAG